AUGAACAAUUCCAGUGUGUCACAAAUAGUUCUACUUGGAUUUUCGGUUACCCAAGACAAGAGAGUGUGGCUCUUUAUUUUUUUUCUUCUCAUCUAUGUCUUAACUAUACUGUCAAAUAUACUUAUAAUCACCCUUGUUCAGAUUGACCAUAAUCUUCAUAAUCCCAUGUAUUUUCUUCUUAGCAACUUCUCUUUCCUUGAGAUUUGCUAUACAGCAGUUACAGUUCCUAAAAUGCUGUUCGACUUACUUCUCAAUAAUCAUUAUAUAUCACUUUCUGGCUGUAUAACACAAUAUCACUUUUUCUCUCUUUGUGCUGCUACGGAACAUUUUCUUCUUGUCAUUAUGGCUUAUGACCGUUACGUGGCUAUAUGCAUCCCACUUCGGUACAACAAUAUCAUGAGCCACAAGAACUGCAUGCAACUCAUAUUUAGUUGCUGGAUCAUAAGUGCUUUUUCUCUUUCCGUACCAGCAUUUUCUGUAUCACAGCUACAAUUUUGUGGGCCAAAUGAGAUUGAUCAUUUCUUUUGUGAAUUUAACCCAUUGUUAAAACUUUCUUGUACAGAUACAUACAUUGCCCAAACCAUUUUCAAUAUUCUUUCAUGGGUUAUUAUACUAGGUUGUCUCAUCUGUAUUUCAGUGUCUUACACAUAUAUUAUUUCAACCGUUAUGCAAAUCCCAUCAAGUGUUGGGAAAAAGAAAGCUUUCUCUACAUGUGCAUCCCACUUAAUUGUAGUCGGAAUAUUUUAUGGAACAGUCAUAUUUAUAUAUCUUAGGCCAACAGUAAAUAUUCCCUUUCAUCAAAAUAAAGUGGUUUCUGUGUUUUACAUUGUAGUGACCCCAAUGCUAAAUCCCAUAAUUUAUAGUUUUAGAAAUGAGUCUCUAAGAAAAGCUGCCUUAACUUGCAUUCAACGUAUAAAAGGGAAAAAAUGUUAG